AAUAGAGCCGCAUAGAAUAAAUCAGUUUAUGUUUCUAGUAAAAAAUAAAAUCUCUGUUUUUGAAGAUCUAGGCGACAAUGGCAGCAGAAAGACAAGUGAUCGGUUGCCACACUACUGAUUCAUGGAAGGCGCAACUCCAAAAGGGAAAUGAAUCCAAACAGCUGAUGGUGGUUGAUUUCACUGCCUCAUGGUGUGGACCCUGCCGUUUUAUUUCACCCUUUCUGGCUGAACUGGCCAAGAAGUAUCCUAAUGUCAUGUUUCUCAAGGUGGACGUGGAUGAAUUGAAGGAAGUUGCUGCUGAAUGGGGUGUGGAGGCUAUGCCAACUUUCUUGUUCCUCAAGGGAGGAGAGAAAGUUGGCACAGUGGUUGGUGCAAAGAAAGAAGAGCUUGAGCAGACUGUGAUAAAACAUAUGCCUACUGCUACUGCUUCUGCUUGAUGGAGAUGAUUAUUAGUACUAUCUUAUCAUGUUUUGAGGAACUUAUUAUCACAGACAAGCAUCUUUGAUGUGCUGGUAUUAAUAAACACAUCUCUAUGUUAUAAGUUUGUUUCUAUAUCAUUCGAGGUAUUUUUAUGUCCUUAA